AUGGGUGACAUUCAAGAAAGACUGUCAGUUUCGUCAUCUUCGUCCUCUUCAUCAUCCUCACUGUCGCUAACAGCUGCACAGCCUAGAGCGAAUCCAUCGCCAAUAGAAGCUGAAUCUUGGAUGCUUGCAGAAGAGAGAGCUCAUGAGAUACUAACCACUAUCCAACCUGCCAUUGUUUCAGACAGAAGUAGGAAUGAGAUCAUUGAUUAUGUACAAACUCUUAUCAAGAGCCACGAUGGAAUCGAGGUCUUCUCGUUUGGUUCAGUGCCAUUAAAAACCUAUCUCCCUGACGGAGAUAUCGAUCUGACGGUACUAACUAAGCAAAAUAUGGAAGAUAAGUUCUUUCAGAAACUGUACGAAACGCUUAAAAGUGAGGAAGAGGAAUCUGUAUCCGAUGUAACCGAUGUUCAAUUUAUCCCUGCACAGGUGAAGGUCAUAAAAUGCAAUAUCAGGAACAUUGCUGUGGAUAUCUCCUUUAAUCAAACGGCAGGUCUCUGUGCUUUAUGUUUUCUGGAACAGGUUGACCAACUCUUUGGGAGGGAUCAUCUGUUCAAGCGUAGCAUCAUCUUGGUUAAAUCUUGGUGCUAUUACGAGAGUCGAAUUCUUGGUGCUAACACUGGAUUGAUCUCAACAUAUGCGUUGGCAGUACUAGUCUUGUACAUUAUCAACCUGUUUCAUUCAUCGUUAUCUGGCCCUUUGUCGGUUCUGUAUAAGUUCUUGGAUUACUAUGGUUCAUUUGAUUGGAGUAACUACUGCAUCACUGUCAAUGGCCCUGUGCCAAUAUCUUCCCUUCCAGAACUUAUAGCUUUUCCAGAAAAUGGGCAUGAGUUAUUACUUGACGAGAAGUUCUUAAGAGACUGUGUAGAGUUAUACUCUGCUCCAAACAAAGCUGUUGAAGCAAAUGGUUUUGAUUUUCCUAUCAGACAUCUCAACAUAAUUGAUCCUCUUAAACACAACAACAACCUUGGCAAAAGUGUUACAAAAGGAAAUUUCCAUCGGAUAAGACAUGCUUUUAGCCUGGGAGCUCGAAAGCUCAGAGAUGUUCUUUCACUACCUGGAGAAACCAUGGGAUGGAGACUGGAGAAGUUCUUUCGUAACUCCUUGGAGAGGAAUGGCAAGGGACAAAGGCAAGAUGUGAAUGAUCCUGUCACUGCGUUUGGCACUGGAAGAUCAGAGUUAUCUGAACUCGGUGGAAACUUUGAAGGUUACUUUGAAAGACUAGUCUAUGGGCAAAUGUAUCAUGGCUAUAGCCUACCUGGAACAUUUCAAGAUAGCUAUGCCCCGGUCGCUUCUCAAGCUAAGGACCCAAGUUCUUGGGAUGUUGUCCGUCACCUUGUGACUUAUCGAAAGAACGAGUUUUAUCGGAGAGGUCUUAACAUAUCAUCAACCUCAACGCAGCCUUUUCCUCUCCACUCUUUAGCUAAUGGCUCUCAAAACAUGGGGAAGACUAGAGGAACCGGCACUUAUAUUCCUGACAUGAGUCAAGAGUCAUACACUGAGAGGUUCAGGAACUCGGGUGCUGGAAACUCAUCGACGAGUCCUUUAGAAGCUUCCGCUGAGGCAAUAGAUGAUGAUGGAGCCAGUAGUAGCUGCAAUCUUUUUGGUGAAGUGUCUACUUCUUGUGCCGAUAUCAAAGGGGAAGAAGAAUGUGUGAGAUUAGAGAGUUGUAGUAACACAGAGCAGCCUGUGUUGAAGCCUCCAAAAUCGGAGAUUGAUGAAAAUGGCCAAUCUUCACCACCGGAAGACGUAGUAGAUUCUAUAUCUUCAAGCACAUUGGGAAUGGAAGAUGGCAAAGAACAGAAGACCAAAUCCUCUCAAACGUUGAAUGGUUCUUGA